GUGAUCUAAUCUCUCCUUCCCGCAACGAAUCGAGUGAGAGGAAAAGGAGUGCGUCAAAAGCUGAAACCUUUCUGUUGCUUUAGGGCAGUGGAAAUCGUCUCAAGCUACUCUCAAAAGUUCCAACCUUUUCCUUUCUUAAUCCUCGUAGUGUUCUUGCCUCUGGAAUUUUAGACAAAGUUUUUUCACUCGUUCUGCUCGGUUUCAGAGCUCUUGAGCUCCUCCCCCGCUUGCGAUAAAAGUUGAAUCUUUGAAAGGUUGCUCAGUGUGCUUCGAUCAAUUUCCUCCUCCUUCCAUGGCACUCAAAGUGCCUUGGAGCUUCCUCUACCGUUUUCUUCCUGUGCUUCUUGUUCUUCCUGUCCUUGUCUUGCACGAAUGGACAGAUAGAAGAAUAAAUUCCUUUUUCCUCUUUGUUUAAUUCCACCAAAAACCACUUCCUCUUCCCCCGAAUCUAAUUCCAAUUUCCUAGUUCUACUUUAGAACUAGUGAAGUAGAAGCCUCUACUCAUCUUGGCUUCUCGGUUCGGGAAAGCUGGUCUUUUUUUGAAAGAUCUGGUCGGAAUCAUGUCGGAUUACAGGAUUUGGCUUUGCCUCGUCGUCCUUGUGGGGAUCUGCUCUGUUUUAGUCAACGGACUGGGGGUGAACUGGGGAACCAUGGCGUCGCAUCCUCUGCCUCCGAAGAUCGUGGUGCAAAUGUUGAAAGCUAAUAAGAUUCAGAAGGUGAAGAUUUUCGAUGCAGAUUCCUCCACCAUGGAGGCCCUCGCUGGUUCUGGAAUCGAGGUCAUGGUCGCCAUUCCAAACAACAUGCUCGGGUACAUGAUCGACUACGACACCGCCAAGCAAUGGGUGAAGCACAACGUCAGUCGCUACAAUUUCCAGGGAGGCGUCAAUAUCAAAUACGUUGCGGUCGGAAACGAGCCUUUUCUGACGACUUACAACGGCUCGUUCUUGAAUAUUACGUUGCCGGCGUUGCAGAACGUCCAGGCCGCCCUCAACAGCGCCGGCGUCGGCGACAGCAUCAAGGCCACAGUCCCACUCAACGCCGACGUCUACAACUCCCCCGCCAGCAAUCCAGUGCCGUCGGCCGGUCGCUUCCGCGCCGACAUCAGCGACCUCAUGACCCAAAUCGUGUCCUUUCUCCACUCCUCCGGCGCCCCGUUCACCGUCAACAUCUACCCUUUCCUCAGCCUCUACGACAACCCAAACUUCCCGGUCGACUACGCCUUCUUCGACGGGACCUCUUCGCCGGUGGUUGACAGCAACGGGAUCCAGUACAACAACGUGUUCGACGCCAACUUCGACACGCUGGUGUCUGCUCUGACGGCGGUGGGGUUGGGGGACUUGCCGAUCAUCGUGGGGGAGGUGGGUUGGCCUACCGAAGGCGACGUGAACGCGAAGAUGGCGUACGCGCAGCGGUUCUACAACGGGCUGCUGCUGAAGCUGUCGGCAAACCAGGGGACGCCGCGGCGGCCGAACCAGUACGUGGAGGUGUACAUGUUCAGCUUGAUCGACGAGGACGCGAAGAGCAUCAUGCCGGGGAACUUCGAGCGCCACUGGGGGAUCUUUAGGUACGACGGGCAGCCCAAGUUCGCGCUGGAUUACGCCCGGCAGGGGCAGGAGAUGCUGCCGGUGUCAGCCAGCGGCGUGCAGUACCUGCCGCAGAGGUGGUGCGUCUUCAGCGGGAGCGGCGACCUGAGCAAGCUCGGCGACAACAUCAACUACGCGUGCUCGAGGUCGGAUUGCACGGCGCUGGGGUACGGGUCGAGCUGCAACGGGUUGGAUAGCAAUGGGAAUGCGUCCUUCGCCUUCAAUAUGUACUUCCAGGUGCAGAACCAGCAACCACAGAGCUGCUACUUCCAGGGACUCGCGGUGGAGACGACGCAGAACCCAUCGACGCCGGAGUGUAAUUUUACGAUCCAGAUCGUUUACAACGGCGCGGCGGCUUCGUCGGUGGCCCAACUCGGUGCGGUGUUUGUGAUCUUCUUGUGGCUGUUCUCAGUGACUGUUUAGGUUUUUUAAUGAGAGAUCGUCCGUCUUCGAUUUUGUAUUUGUUUUGUUCAGAUAUGAUUACGGAUCAGAUACAGCGCGCCAUAUCUGUAAAAAUUGAGGUGAGUAUGGACAGUUCAACUGUGUUUACUCUUUCCACACAGCAUUUUAGUAACAAGUAUAAAAUGAUUAAUGGAGUUGUGAGUAA